CAAUUAGCCAUCACAUAUGGAAACUGGAGACCAGAAUUUUAGGAAAAAAGAUUAAGGCAUCUCACUUGGGGUGGGGGGUGGGGGGUGUCUUUUUAUUUUUUAUUGUUUGCGUGCCCUCUCGCUCGCUCGCUCUUUCUUUUUUCCCCCCCUUUUUUUUAAAAAAUCACGCCAACCGGAACAGUUUCUGAUCUUUAAAAAAAAAAAAAAGCAAGCCUCCCUUCUUCCCUUGUGAUAUAUUUCUAAUUUACACUCUUUUCCGAGAGCUUUCUUAACCUCCCCCCCCUUUUUUUUUAAAUCUCUCUCUCUCUCCAUAUUCUCUAGUCCCACAUAGAUCCAUUAUAUGAGUCGUGGAAGUCUUUUUUUAUUUUGAUUUUUAAUUUUUUUUUUUUGCCUUUGGUAAAUCGCACCCUCUCUCUCUCACACACACACUCUCCCGAGAAACCAGAAGCCGGUUGGGUGUUUAUAUAAUGAGGAAUUAUGGGGCUGUUUGAUCGAGGUGUUCAAAUGCUUUUGACCACCGUUGGUGCUUUCGCCGCCUUCAGCCUCAUGACCAUCGCUGUGGGGACCGACUAUUGGCUGUACUCCAGAGGGGUUUGCAAGACCAAAAGUGUCAGCGAGAACGAGACCAGCAAAAAGAACGAGGAAGUUAUGACCCAUUCUGGAUUAUGGAGGACCUGCUGUCUAGAAGGGAACUUCAAAGGUCUGUGCAAGCAAAUCGAUCAUUUCCCAGAGGACGCAGACUACGAAGCUGACACGGCAGAAUAUUUCCUCCGGGCCGUGAGGGCCUCGAGCAUCUUCCCCAUCCUGAGCGUGAUCCUGCUCUUCAUGGGCGGGCUCUGCAUCGCAGCCAGCGAGUUCUACAAGACGCGACACAACAUCAUCCUGAGCGCCGGCAUCUUCUUCGUGUCUGCAGGUCUGAGCAACAUCAUUGGCAUCAUAGUGUACAUAUCUGCCAAUGCCGGGGACCCCUCCAAGAGCGACUCCAAGAAGAACAGCUACUCGUACGGCUGGUCCUUCUACUUCGGGGCCCUGUCCUUCAUCAUCGCCGAGAUGGUCGGGGUGCUGGCCGUGCACAUGUUCAUCGACCGGCACAAACAGCUGCGGGCCACGGCCCGCGCCACGGACUACCUCCAGGCCUCGGCCAUCACCCGCAUCCCCAGCUACCGCUACCGCUACCAGCGCCGCAGCCGCUCCAGCUCGCGCUCCACCGAGCCCUCACACUCCAGGGACGCCUCCCCGGUGGGCAUCAAGGGCUUCAACACCCUGCCGUCCACCGAGAUCUCCAUGUACACGCUCAGCAGGGACCCCCUGAAGGCCGCCACCACGCCCACCGCCACCUACAACUCGGACAGAGACAACAGCUUCCUCCAAGUCCACAACUGUAUCCAGAAGGAGAACAAAGACUCUCUGCACUCCAACACCGCCAACCGCAGGACCACCCCCGUCUAGGCCCCGCCACGCCACGCCCCCAGAGGGGCGGAGACGGCGGGGAGGCGUGGCCCGCAUGGGGGCGGGGUGGGGCGGGCCGCCCGGGAGGAACCCCGCCCGCCCGCCCGCCCGGAGGUGGGGGGGGAAAACCUUCCAAAAGCAAAAAAAAAAAACUAAAACUAAAACAAAAACAAAAAAACAACAAGACAAACAGAGAAACAACAACAACAACAAAAAUAAAACCACACACACACACAAAGGAAAAAACAACCACACAAAAAAGAGGAGAAAAAAAACAAAAAAAGAGAAAAAUAUAAUAAGUAAAUUCAAAAAAAAAAAAAAAAACAACAACACAUAAGAGGAACAAAGAAGUAAAACAACAGGGAAUGUGAUAAAAACCCUAAGGAGCGAAGGACAAACUUAACACACACACACACAAAAGCGAGAGAGGAUUUAAAAAAUUUAAAAAUAGACAAUAAAUCUAAAAGAAAAUGCAUGAUUUCCCAUGUACCAUUAUUUUAACAUUUAAUAAAAACCAAUUUAAAUGAAAAAAAAAAUAAACAAAAGGGAACCGAGAUAACAUUAAAGCAAAAGAGAGAAGGUGCAGAAAGGAGGGGGGGAUUCGCUUUGCAUUUAUCAAGGGUUCGGGUUACUUUUAUUAUUUUUUUAAGCGGGAAUGUUACUUUUCUGUUCCCUUUAACCCCAAGCUGGCUCUGCCUCCCCGGGUGAGUUUGGGGGGGUGGAGACUAAAGGGCCUGAGGCCAGGGGCGCCUCAAGGUCACUGCGGGUUCCUCAGAGCCUCAGCCCCAGGCUGGGGAGACGGCAGGGGUGGGGGCUUGCGAGCCCGCCUCACCCGGCACUGCUGGGGUUGGGGGGGGCAAGACCAGGCCCCCAGCUGACCCAAGUAUUCGGCCCCUCCUGACCCCAAAAGGUGGCAGGAGGGGGGUGCCCUGGGGGGCUUGCCUGACCCUCAGGCUCUCAGUCCUUAAUGGUCCUUAACCCACUGUGAUGACUUCCCAGCCCUUGAGGGAAGGGAAGGAGAGGGGGUGGUUACCGGCGGCUGGGGAGCCCCGCCCCCAGCCCUCCGUGGGAGCCUCUUGGGGUCCCUUCCCCCAAGCUCCUGCUCUCCCUGCAGGAGAUGCGCACCCUCCCCGGGGCAUAUAACGCAGCUCUCCCUCCUCACCGCUGACCUCCAGACUCCUGGCGGCCCUCGGGGACGGGGGACCCCUCAGCCCAUAGGCCCCCAGCUCCCCGCACAGGACACUCGUUGUCCUCGGGAGGGAGGGGGUCCUUGGAACCCGCUGCUGCCCUUCCGGGAGCCAGCGAGUCCAAUCAUGUCACUGCAAAAAGGUUUUUCUUUUUACAAAAGAAAAAAAAAGGACACACAAGUGGUGAUUUUUUUUUAAUAAAAAAACCACUGACUAUACAUACGUGUAAAUAGAUAAUAAGUGGAUUUACUUGCAAGAAAAUCAGAUAGUAUUUUUCUUUUCCUUCUUUUCCAGCUUUAAACUGUGAAAACAAACAAACAAACAAAACAAAACAAAACAACUGGGCUGGGGUGGGGGACUUAUACAAUUUAGCAGGGAACUAAAGGGAAAAGAAAUUCAGUUCCAAUUCCGAUCCAUUCCAACCCCAGGUGAGAGCUGGGUGCCGGCCCGGGAGGGGGAGAGGGAGGGAGAGACAGGGGCAGCCCAGCGGCGCUGACGGGCAUUCUGGGCUCCAGGUUCCUUCCUUAAGGACCGGACGGUGCUGAUGGGGAAGACAGAGACGCCCCCUGCAGAGGGUGGGGGAGACGGCACCCCCACUCCUCCACACACACCCACACACGCACACGCACUGCGGCCCGCCCAUCUUGCACAGGGACACACGCGCUCGGGGCAGCAGGGCCCCCCGGACAGCCCGAGGCAGAGCUCCGACUCUCGACCUCCAAAGCCAUCGCCCACCAAAGCUCCAUAGCGGCCCCCUGGUUGCUCCCGCCCCAAGUGAGCUCGUGUGGCCCUGCCCUCGUGCACACAUGCCCAGUUAGCAGGCACUAAGCCCCCCCCCCCCCACACACACACCUAGAACCCCGCUCUAGACCCUGGAGUCCCUUGCUCGUGUGGCCUCUUGGGGUCCCCAAUGCUCCGCUGCCGUGUUAGCAUGUUGGAUGGACCCGGACAGCUCCAAGGCCCCUUCAGACGCUGGUGUCCAAGACUCUUCAGACGUGCCCUGUGACUGGAGGACGAAGCCCGGAGGUGACCAUCCAGCCCCAGACAUCGAGAACAUUCCCGAAACACCAGUCCCCCCCCACCCAGACACACACACACACACACACACACGCACACACAUGCACACACACGCACAUAUGCACGCACGCACGCAUGCGCGCGCACGCGUGUGUAUACACACACACACACACACACACACCAUAUACCUCCUCACUGUGCUCCCAACACCCUUCCCUCACAUGCAACGUCAAAGCAAAAACACACACACGUGAGCAAACGCGUUUGCCAGAGGAGAAGGCGCCCGAGGUCCCCAAAGCCACUCUGCACGUCUCGUCUCCCUUUCUCUCACGCCAUUCCCGUCGUGGGGGGGUGCAGGAGGGUCCUCACUCACGAGAGGUGCCCGGACGCCAGGCUCCCCGACACCGCUCGGGGCGUGCAUGCUCCGAGGUUCCCCCGGCCAAUCAAGGUGGAGGAGAGCGUUUGAGCCGCGUGGUGCGAGGCCCAGGAUGAGGUCCGAGCCCUAAGGGGACGCUUCGACCUGUCGCUUCUCUGGUCUCCCCCGGGAAACGGGCGUGGGGGAGGGCAAGGCGCAGUUCACGCAGACCGGAAAGCCCACUUGAUUUACAGCUGGAUUUCCGCUGGGCUCGCAAGCCCCCUGCUGAAGGUGAGGGUCUCUGCCGCCCCCCGCCCCGCCCCCCUGCAGCCCCUCUUAAGGCCUUGGCGUUUCCUAGUGGAGCAACUUCCCGAUGAGUUGGGGCAAGUGGUCAGCAAAGACCCCAGGAGCUGAGCACUCCCCCCCCACCGCUGCCCUUCCCGCUGCUGGGGGUCUGGGAAAAGCAAGCCCACUCCCAGGGCCGGAGGCCGCCACUCGGGCUGUGUGUCCACUCUAGGAGGGCACGUGAGGGUUAGGGUCAGGCCCUGGGAGCCAGCCGGGAGUGAGGGCACCCCCACAUCCUGUCUGAGCAGGGACCACCCACCUUCCCACGGGCCCACUGCCCACCAGGUCAAAGGCUGGCUGAAAAGGGACCACCCUCCCUCCCCCAAAAAACAAAAAAAACCAUAAAGCAUCCGUCUCUCAUCCAAAGAGGACAAAUGGCUCCAAGCCUCCGAGUCCUGCCCGUGACGGGGAAGGUGUCCCCGCUUCCGUCCAGCUCUGAGGCCUGGGGUCUCUGCCUUGGGGGGCUGGGAGGAGCUAGCCCAGGGCUCGGGGGCCUGAAGAAAGGAGGGCGAUUGCUCAUAUCCAGCUCCUACCAAUCCCCGUUUCCUUUUCUUGGUGGGUCCUUAUUUAUUUAUUUAUUUAUUUUGGGGGUUUGUUUUGUUUUUUGUUUUCAGACUGUUAACAGAAAACAAUUUUUCAAAAGCCGAAAACAAAAAAAAAAAAAAAAAAAAAAGAAAGAAAAAGACAAAAAAUCCUGGUACAUGAAAUAAAGAUUUUUUUUUAUAGCUUGG